GCAUAAGUAAAUAGGAGAAAUCAUCUGUUUAUUUGGGAUUUCUAAAAAAUUUCAAUAAUAUUGUUAUCUUUGGGAAUAUGAGAAUUUUCGGUGUAUUUUUUCUAUCGAUAUUUUGGAAUAUAUUCAGUUAAGUGCGAAACUUUCAAAUAUUAACUCAAUUAUGUAUGACAUGAGUACAAUAUGUAUGAGUAUAUAUAUAAGAGUACAAACAUAGCGUACUUUAUACUUUGGGUGGAUUUUUGACGUUUAACAAAGAGGUUAUGUUGUUUAUAUUUAAAUGAAGAAUUUUAUUUAAGCUAUCACUUUAAAUUCAUAAAACAAUGGGAACAAAAAAAACUAACAUGAGAGAACUAGAGGCUACAGCUAAACUAUCUGCUACCGCUAAAGUAAUAAAUACUCUCAACCGGCCCGGACAAUUAGAAAAAAUAGAUCAAAUAAAACAAAGAUAUGUUAGAAAGAAAGCUUCCGUUGAGGCACAAUUAAAAUCAGCAAUGCAGCAACAGUUAGAUGGUGUAAGAAUAGGUCUAAAUCAAUUACACAGAUGUCUUGAGGAUGUGGCUGAAAUUAAUAGCUGUGUGAAGAAAAUGUGUGACUUUUUUGCUGAUGUUCCUGAUCUCUGCAAAAACCUAAAUGACGUUCGGGAUGAAAAUAUGAAACAUUCACAAUAUGUAACAGCCAAAGAAAAUCUUAAACACAUCUUUACUGUACCAGAGAGUGUUGAAAAAACUAAGGCUUGGAUAAAUGAAGGAAAAUUAUUACAUACUCAUCAGUGUUUGAGGGACUUGGAAAAUUCGAGAGACGAUUUAUUGUUUGAACUGCAUAAGCUUCCAAAUCAAUCAGUACACGAUAAAUCUAUGCUCAAAGCAUAUUUUGCUGAUGUGGAAGUGUUAUCAAAUCUCUUAGAAAAACAAUUGACAUUUGUCCUCUCCAGGACUUUGAAUACUGUUAGAAAAGAUCCUACUGUAAUUGUGACAGCUUUAAGAAUUAUAGAACGGGAAGAAAAAGCAGAUGAAGAAGCUUUAAAACAACAAAAACAAACUGGUUUCAUACCACCAGGUAGACCAAAGAAAUGGAAAGAGAUGGCUUUUAGAAUUUUUGAGAAAUCGGUGUCUUCAAAAAUUGAAGGUACUCAAGUUGAAGAGAGGGAAGACAAUAAGCAUUGGUUGAUUAGGUAUUUGGAAUUGAUAAGAAUGAUGGUUUUAGAAGAUUUGAGAGUUGUUAAAACAUUGUGUCUCCCUUGUUUCCCACCAAGCUAUAAAAUUUUGGAUAAAUAUAUUCAUAUGUAUCACGCUGGUUUAUCUGUUCAUCUCCAAGAAAUUAUACAAAAUGGUUUAAAAGGAAAUGAAUAUGUAACAAUGUUAUCCUGGGUUUUAAAAACUUAUAAAUCAACAGAUAUGUUGGGGCAUCCUGACUUAGCAGUUUAUACGGAAAAUUUAUCUCCUUUACUUCCACAAGCUGUAUUAAAUAGGUUAGAGGGAGACUAUUUAAAGAAUAUUGAGUCAAACUAUAUGGAAUGGAUGCAAAAUACUCUAAAAUCAGAAAAGGAAGAAUGGAGAUCUCAAACAGAACCUCACCUGGAAUCAUAUUCACGAACUGCUGCUCCCAUUAUAAUAUUCCAGAUGAUUGACCAAAAUUUACAAGUAGCAAAAACUAUAAGUGAGGAUUUAACAAUAAAGAGUUUAAAUUUGAGCAUUCAACAGGUCAUAUCAUUUGCAGAUCCAUUUAAAGAAGCCAUUAUUGAAUUCAAAAACAAAUAUUUUGAGGAUAGAAAACAACUUGUUUACUUCACUCAAUACAUGAUUGUCAUUGUGAAUAAUUGUUUGCAACUUGUUGAGUUGGGAAGUCAGUUAGAGACGCAAUAUGUUAAAAUGAACACUUCUCAUGAACUGUCCAGAAGUUUUGGUUUACUCAAAACCACUUAUAUUAAAUUACGAAACGAAGCUGUGCAGUAUCUAUUAGAAGAGCCGUUGGUAGACUUGGAUCAACAUUUUGAAAAACUGUUUACCUCCCAGUGGCUCACUUUGAAUCCAACUGAUACAAUUUACGUAACAAUUGAAGAUUAUUUCCAAGAUUAUAAUCGUUUAGUUGAAGCAAAUUAUAAAUAUGUAGUAGAACAAGUAGUUAGCAUAGUAGGGAGGCGUUAUUUGACAGCAAUGUUGUCUCGCAGAAUCUCUUUCAAAACUUAUGAUGAAUGUGUCAAAGCUGCACAGAAAGUUGCCGAAGAAGCACGUAGAUUCAACCAACUGUUCACGACUUUAUGUAGUGAUUUAGAAUGCGAAAAUCCAUUUGAAGCCAUCAUUAUGCUUUCCGAAGUUCUUAAAAGCGAUGACGAUAUGCUGUCAUUUGAGUUACAUAGAAUAGUUGAAAAGUUUCCAGAUAUCACAGAUGACCACUUAUUAAGACUAUUAAGUUUAAGAGGGGAUCUUUCAAGGUCGGAUGUUAGAGAGAAAGUUGCACACGUUGAUAAACCAAAAGUGUUACAUAAAAGUAGUGUCUUCAAAACUCUUGUAUUUCCCAAACUUGUUAAUAUCAAUUUGAAUUUUUAAAUUAACUUUAAUCACAACUAAAAUGUUUAUUAAAUAAUAAAGAAUCGAAAUUUGAUGGUUUUCAAAUAUAAAAAUAUUCAUAGAAUUAGAAUUAUAUACUAGAGACCCAAAUUUCCGUUACAUUGAUUUUGCCUACAUGUUUUGUCUGUUGUAGGGUCGUAUAAGCAUGACGCUAUAAAUAUGUAUAUAUGUAAUGGGAAAUGGACAUUACUUUAGUAUUUUCUUAUUAUGUAGAAAUUAUAGACAUAAAACCAAACAAAAAUAUUUCUUUCUAUCACAGGUUGACGUAUUGUGAGGUUAAUCUAGUAAAAUUUCAGGAUUUCAAUAGAUUUGAUGAAGAUUAUCUAUGAUUUAUUUAAUGUACCAUGUACCGAGAAUUGCGAAAUCAUGCAACUGAGUCAGUCAAAAAAACGACGAUAUCUUGAGUUUCUGGAAGGUCUAAAUGAACAAUUCUUUGGAGCUAGUUGCAUUUUACAAAUUUUCUUUUUACAAAAAUGUUUCCUUUACUGCAACAAACAGAAAUUGUAGAAUUUCAUAAAGGGUGUUAGGAUAUAUGGAACGCAACUAAUUUUGUCAAAUGUUGGUAAUGUAAGUUGACGUCUGUCAAUCGAUCUUAUCAAUCUUGCUAUUUUAUGUGUAGGACUGAACAAUAAAUUGUUUGUAUUGAAAA